AUGUCGGCAACGAAGUCGGAACUGGAAUCUCCGGGGGGAAAUCGAAAGCUUCGCCCAGAGAUCCAGAGAUACGUUCCAGGAAAAACGAAGAUCUCGAAACAAGAGCAAAACCAAAACGACGAAAAUUCGCAAAAGCGCCUUUUAGAGCUUAUAAAUCAGAAGCAAAAGUUUCGAAAUGAAAAACUGUCGCAGCAGAACAACGGCGAGAGAGCGAGAAGCCGAAAGAAUUCGGAAAACGUUCCUGCCAAGAACGCGAAUUCCGUAGCCACAAACAGCCACGCAAAAGCCAUGGCCGAAACAAACAAUAAUGAGCAGCAGAAAAGCAUCGAGCGCAAAGAACCCAAUCCGAAGAAGCCAAAUCAGAACAAACGCAAAAAUACGAAGAAAAAAGACAGUCGUCCCCAAAACACUCAACAGCAGGACAACUCAGACGCUCGUUCGGACAUCUCGCGCGCUUCGACCAACAUUUCCUCCCGCGGAGGCCGGAACAACCAAAAUCGACAGAAUCAAAAGUCGUCAAAGUUUCAAGAAUUCCGAAAAAUAUCCAAGCAAAGAGAGGAAAUCCAAGCCAAGCAAGAAACGAGAGAAGCAAGAGCUAAAAAUGACAAUCCUCCACGAAAUAACAGAAACCGACACGAACCGACUAACCGACGAGACACAGACACCAGAACAAAAUCUGAAACGUCGAGGGGUUCAAAUAAAGAGAGCAAUAUAAGAAAUCGCCAAGAAAACAACAGAUCCAAUAAUCAAAAACAACAGAAGCCACGAGGCAAAGCAGAGGAUAGAAGAAAAGUCGAAAAAGAAAAGACACCUCCUCCUGCUGAGCGAAAAGAAGCUUCACCGGAAAUCAAGUCGCCAGAAAAGGCACUUGUGUCUACUCCACAGAAAACGGCCGAUUGGGGUGAUCUCAUGAACGAGGAAGACGAAGGGUUUAGCUUCGAACCACCAGGCGUUUCCAGGCGCGAUUCGUGGGCCACUCUUGAAAAUUCUAGCAGCAGGGACGCUGAUACGGCUCCAAGACCAUCAGGAAGCGCCAGACAACGGCCACAGAAAAUCAAAGAGGAAGAUGACUCUUCAUCAUCGAAACGCGCAAACGGCAUUUCAGUGAUAAGAAUAAAUCCGUCGCAAAUGUCCCGCGUGCGCAAAGAAUCGGAAAAAUACAACGCUUCAGACUCUGAUGGGUACUCCACGACCGGGAAUCCGGGAAGCGUUUAUGGCAAUCGUGCAAGAGCUCCGCCAAAUGGUGCCCGAAUGGUCAAAAGUCGACCGCGAGGUGGUGGCCGCGGCGGUUACGAUCCGGAUUACGACCGUAACAUCAACAGAUACAGGGGUCGAAACGACGACAACUUCCGAGAUCAGGACCGUGUCGUCGAAAUGGUCAACAACGAUACUCGCAGACGCACAAAAGAAAGCGACAUGAAGUACAACCUCGAAAACGCAAUUUGUAAUUUCAAGCAAGCAUAUGAGAGCGCUCGUUUCUUAAAAACCUCAAUUCCAGAAAAGAAACGCGCACUCGAUAUCUUCACACAACUUGUCACAUUCCAUCCCGUUUUUACUUUUUCGGAAAAAGUUUUUGAUCUGGUCUGGAAGGGAAUUUUUUACCGGGAAGUAGAGAUCUUUCGAAAAAAACUCGAAAACAGCAACGAUCAGGAGGAAACAUCGAGGACUACUGCUGAUUUCGUCGAAUGUCUUCUGAUGGGCGUGGACUUCUACGACGAUCUCGUCCGCAGCUGCGAGGAAAAAUUCCAAUUCAGCGUCAAGUACCACGAAAAUCACGGAAUCAAAGUCGCUCGGGCAAAGCAAGUGAAAGUGUGUCUAUAUUUGUGCCAACAGUUCUUCAUCCACAUGGGCGACCUAAGUCGAUACAUCGAACAGCUCGAUAGAAGCGCCCUUCCGCGUCUGUCACGCAAGAUGCCAAAUUCGCGUGAGUUCUACACGACGGCCAAAAACCUGGAUCCUAGGCAUGCGAAGCCCCAUUACCAGCUCGGCGUCCUUUCCACCGAGCAGCAGAGACAUUUUGAAGCGAUCAUUCAUUACAUUCGCGCCGCUUCUGUUGAUAAGGGAGGUGGCAGUGGCACUGCAAUGAGCCUCAAUAAAGAGUUCGAAAUGGCUCGCCGCGAAGCAGUGUCUUUCCUCGCCCGAAAGGAGCACCAAAAAGAACUAGCAAAAACACUGGACAAUCGAGAAAUCUGGUUCAUAAAGAGAAAACUGCCGAAUAUGUCGAAAGAGCAGCUGAAUAAGCGUUUUAAAUUGACGUUUCUCGCAGCUCUUGGUCGAAUAUUCACUGGGAUCGACGUCGCUAUGGUCAAAGACUUUCUGGAACAAGCGUACAGUGAUUUGGACUCGCUCAUUUCAAUGACAAAGAAUGGCGAAAGGCCAUACAUCCCCGCCGGUUUCCUCGUUGAAUUGUCGAUCGCCGCUGUCUUCGGAAUUCAGCAAAGUAUCGAAAGGAAGCAAAACGAGAAGGACGCGUUGAUGAUGUUCUUCGGUCUCUUGGCGCUGCUCUGUAGAAGACUCAAAAACAAACUCAAGAGCUUGAUGAAGACAUGUCCGGACGGGGACAUUUACAUCAUCGGGGACGGAAUGUGUCGACUACUCGCUUUUGACGAGAUUCAAAAUCGUACGACCCAUGUCUACCCGAAUCCGGGAAGAACGAUCAACGAGAUAAAACAGCGAGUUGAGCAGCUAUCAAUAACUACUGGUCCUACUGUACCCAUCUGCAUCUUGCACGUCGGUAGCGAGGAUUCAUCGACUGCUCAUCAGACAAAACCGGUUGAAGAGAUCGUCACGAACUUCCGCGAACUCGUUUCCGUCGUUAAGUCGACCUUUCCAAACGCUGCGAUUUACUUUUCUGAGAUUUUCCCUCGCUGGGAUCAGGACAGUUCCAGAUCAGAAAAGCUCAAUAAUGAGAUGUACAGAAUUGCGCCAGAGCUAGGCAUCAAAUUCCUUCGAAACAAAGAAAAUUUCAACAGGAAGGAAUUAUUCGUAUUCAAGGAGAAAGAACUGACGGUCUUGAGCGACAAGGGCAAGAAGCUAUUUAGUUCGGAGCUCACCAAGUGCAUCGAAAAAGAGCUGUCAAGCCACAACGAUUUCGGCCGAGCGCUUGAGAACGAUCAAGUGAGCGCACUUCUGCCAGCAAUGCGCAUUCUCACCGAGUACUUGGCCACUCAUCACCAACACUCAAUGUUCGCCAGCCAGAGGAUCCAAAAUCUGGAAAGUGUAGGCAGCUGUGGAGCGAUUUUCUCCGAGCUAGCGAAUUUGAUCUGCCACAAGGAACUCCCUGUUCACGUUUCUUCCACGACCAGGAGCAAUCACCAAGAUACAGUGAAUUGUAUCGAAACUGUCGAUUUACAGGGAUUCAAGCCGCUCAAAAACUCUGAAAUCGGAAGGGACUGGUUUGGUGCGAAGAGCAACCGACUUUUCGAAAAUACAGUUCGAAUGACAGUUAUCUCCAAAGCCUUGGACGCCCAUGCGAAGGAGGAAAAUCGAGCGUUCCGUGUUCACAGAGGCCAGUUUUUGCCAACAGAGACUGACAAGAAUAGCCCGAAUGCGACCGACGACCGCUAUUUGGUGAAAUACGUAGUGCCGGAUACUAACUGCUGGAUCGAAAAAUCAGAUAAACUGUCGAAAUUAUUCAAUCUCGAAGAUCUUCAUCUGGAAGUGCUCGUUUCGCUCUGCGUCAAAGCCGAGCUUGAAGGUCUGACAAAGUCAGAAAAGCCAAAAGUCGCGAAGCAAGCAGAAAAGUCCCUCGAUCUAAUUGAAUCCGAACGACUUCGUUCGCUUACUUCGAAGGGAGUCAUUCUUGCAGCUGGAAAAUCGUACGCGGAGCAGCAUCAAAACAAUAUCCGAAACGACGAUAUCAUCAAAAACUCAGUGAAACUUGCCAAGAACUCCGUUCUAUUAACAGACGAUAAAAACCUAAUGUUAAAAUCUCGUUCCGAAAAAGUGCCUGUAAUGAUGGUGCAUCAAUUCCUCGACUGGAGCAGCAACUGCUAG